AUGGCAGCGAAUCAGUCGGUGGUGCUGAAGCACUGGGCGCGCAUCAUCAAGCACUGGCCGGUGGACAAAGUACGCCCAGAACAUGUUGCUUUUCAGAGGGUUAUGCAAAAUCGCCUGAACAAGAUCGGCUCUUCAACCGCAGCUGCAGAUAAUGCCAAAGCAGAUGGAGCUCUAGUCACACCUGUUGAACCUCCCCACUCGAAUGCUCAACACGAAAUGAGACAAAUAAAUGCUCUCUACAGCCUCCUUGAAGAUCGAUAUGCCAAAGAAUUCCCCAUACCCAUCAAGGUCCGCCAUCCUGCUAGCCAACCUACAUACUAUGAAGAUCUGAUAAAGGAGAUGGGCGAGGCUCCCACCCGGACAUGGCUCGCAUCGACUUGGAACAGAAUUAGAGGCAUGCUUCGAUUCUCCUGA